UUUGCCGGCGAAAAGAGCGAACAGCAGUGCGACGUAAACUGCAACUACGCGAAUAAAACAAAUCAUAAUACUGUGGUAAAUUGUUAUUCUUUAUUUAAAAAAAAAAACAUAAUGGCAAAAGCAAUUGGUAUCGAUUUGGGAACGACGUACUCGUGCGUUGGAGUUUUUCAACAUGGAAAAGUUGAGAUUAUUGCAAACGACCAAGGGAAUCGUACAACACCAAGUUAUGUGGCAUUCAACGAUACCGAACGUUUGAUUGGUGAUGCCGCAAAAAAUCAAGUCGCAAUGAAUCCAAAAAAUUCGGUAUUUGAUGCAAAACGAUUAAUUGGUCGUAAAUUUGAUGAUCCAAAAAUUCAAGAUGACAUUAAACAUUGGCCAUUCACUGUAAUCAAUGAUUGUGGCAAACCGAAAAUUGAAGUUGAAUUCAAAGGUGAACGCAAAGUGUUUGCACCUGAAGAGAUCAGUUCGAUGGUUUUAACAAAAAUGCGAGAAAUUGCCGAAGUAUUUUUGGGCACCUCAAUUAAAGAUGCUGUCAUCACCGUUCCGGCAUAUUUCAAUGAUUCCCAGCGUCAGGCUACUAAAGAUGCCGGUCAAAUUGCUGGCCUAAAUGUUUUGCGUAUUAUCAAUGAGCCCACAGCCGCUGCAUUAGCCUAUGGCCUUGAUAAGAAUUUAAAAGGCGAAAAGAAUGUGUUGAUUUUUGACUUGGGCGGUGGCACAUUCGAUGUAUCAAUUCUUGCAAUUGAUGAAGGUUCAUUGUUUUCAGUACGUUCAACGGCCGGUGACACUCACUUGGGUGGUGAAGAUUUCGAUAAUCGUUUGGUCAGUCACUUUUCCGAUGAAUUCAAACGAAAAUUUAAAAAAGAUUUGUCGGGAAAUGCACGCGCCUUGCGACGUUUACGCACAGCAUGCGAACGAGCAAAACGAACAUUGUCAUCAAGUACAGAAGCUUCAUUGGAAAUUGAUGCUUUGCAUGAAGGUCUCGAUUUUUAUGCCAAAAUAUCGCGAGCCCGCUUCGAAGAACUUAAUAUGGACUUAUUUCGAUCGACUCUUCAGCCGGUGGAAAAAGCAUUGACCGAUGCCAAAUUGGAUAAGGCCAAAAUUGAUGAGGUCGUUUUAGUUGGUGGUUCCAUUCGUAUACCAAAAAUUCAAAAAAUGCUUCAAGAUUUCUUCAAUGGCAAAACCUUGAAUCUUUCAAUUAAUCCGGAUGAAGCGGUUGCGUAUGGUGCUGCCGUGCAAGCAGCUAUCCUAUCGGGUGAAGGAAGUUCGAAAAUUCAAGACGUUCUUCUAGUUGAUGUGACACCGCUUUCGCUUGGUAUUGAAACGGCUGGCGGCGUGAUGACCAAACUCAUCGAACGCAAUGCACGCAUUCCAUGCAAGCAACAGCAAACAUUCACUACAUACAGCGACAACCAAAAUGCCGUUACUAUUCAAGUAUAUGAAGGCGAGCGAGCCAUGACGAAAGAUAACAAUCUUCUUGGCACAUUUAAUUUAACCGGAAUUCCGCCCGCACCGCGUGGUGUACCAAAAAUUGAAGUUCAAUUCGAUUUAAAUGCUGAUGGUAUUUUACAUGUAUCGGCCAAAGAUAAUAGUACUGGCCGCCAAGAGAAGAUCACAAUUACAAAUGACAAAGGGCGCUUAUCGAAAGCUGAAAUUGAUCGAAUGUUGGCCGAUGCAGAAAAAUAUCGCGAAGAAGACGAACGUCAAAAGGAAAAAAUUGCAUCCAGGAACCAAUUGGAAACGUACAUUUUUGCAUGUAAACAAGCGGUCGAAGAUGCACCAACCGGUAAAGUAAGCGAUGCAGACAAACAAACUGUAAAAGAUAAAUGUUCGGAAACAAUGAAAUGGCUUGACGCAAACAAUUUGGCGGAAAAAGAUGAAUUUGAGCAUCAAUUGAAGGAUUUGCAAAAUGUAUGUGGUCCAAUUAUGGCAAAAAUGCACGGUGCCGGAGGAGGUGAUUCUGAUCGACAACAUCCUAGCGGACCCCAACGUGGUCCCACAGUCGAGGAAGUUGAUUAAAAACAUUUUAAAAAAAAACAUACACAUUUUCAUUAACAUUUAACCUUUUUUUGUUGUUGUUUGUUCCCUUCAAAAUCUAAUGUAACCUUCUAUAAUAUGUUAUUAUUCAAAUAAAAAAAAAAACAAAAAAAAAAAAACAAUAAAAUUGUAAUUACAGAUUGAAUUUAACUCGAUUGCAAAUGCAAUUUAAAUGAUGACCUCUGGUAUCCACAGUGAAUGAACGCGUUCACCGAUGACAUCAAAUCUGUAAAUUUUAAUUUAAAUAUAACAUAUUAUAACACA